GCGAGCCUGACUUGGCGUCUGGCUCAGAUGUAAAUGGGAGUACAGAGUCCUUUGAAAUGGUCAUUGAGGAAGCCACUACAGACUCGGCAAUAAAACAAAACUCUGGGGCCACAGCGGAAGCAGACUGGGUUCCUCUUGAGCUGUGUUUUGGAAUUCCUUUGUUCAGUUCUGAAUUAAACCGGAAAGUGUGUCAGAAAAUAGCUACACAUGGCCUUUGCAGCAGAGAGAGAUGCAGGUGACUGGAACUAGUCUAUGCCACUGGGUGGAGCUUGGGCAUGGGAGACCUCAAAGCCCACCCCUACAGUGACACACUUCC